AUGAGUCAGGCAUCGGCACUGGUAAGCAUCCACCGAUCGAACAACAAGUCGGAAAAUGAUACUCAAAAAGCCAGACCAAAAGAACGCCAGCAAAGAAGCCCCAGGUCGCUCGCGUACCAACGAACGAUUCCUCCCGUCCCACUGCCAGCAAGUCUAAGACGUCGCCUCCCAAGAACGUUCAGAUCGUUCCCGUGCCAAUCGAAAACACCUCUCCCCCCACCGCCAAUCAAAUCAAAACUGUGUCCUGGCCCCAAAGUCGAAGUUGUCCACGUACCGGCCAAGCGCAAAUACCCCCCUCACAUGAUCUCCGUCCCUACUCUCGAAGUCGACCCCGAAACCGCUCCCACUAAGAGAAGCUCAAGCGUGUUCCCGACAUUCAGUCUUACCGGGAUACAUUCGGUUGGCAUCCUCGCUCCCUUGUCGAGGCGAAUAUAA